AGCUGUCUUUUGAUUUUCCAAUUUUUUCGUUCUUGGUCGCGGAUUCUGCUCGGUCGUGAUUUCGCUGUUGUCGGGGGCAUUUUUCAGCACGUGAAAAUUUUAAAACUAUAAACGGAAUUGGAAAAUAUUUAAGUGAUAUUCAGGCAACAACGGCACCUCAACACGUUUUUAGUGAAUUAUAAAAGAAUUAUCGAAAUAGCUAUAGAAAAUAUAUUAUUUGAACUUCUAGCGUCUAAUUUUUCGUAACUUCAAGUAAAAAUGCCUUCUGAUGCAAAGAAACGCGAUGCGCAGCGCAAAAAGGAUGCGCGCAAUAAGAAAAUCCAACAAGUCUCAUCGUCCAAGAAAUCAAAUGGCACCAAUGGCGCACCGGAGCGUGAGUUGACCGAGGAGGAGAAGCUAUGCGCCAAGUUGGAGGAAGAGGCACGUAUCAGCGCCGAAGCCCGGUCCUGCACGGGUUCACUGGCUGUGCAUCCACGUUCGCGUGAUGUGAAAAUCGCUACUUUUUCCAUUACUUUCUUCGGCUCAGAGCUACUGCAGGACACAAUGCUCGAGUUGAAUUGUGGACGUCGUUAUGGUGUCAUCGGUUUAAAUGGUUGCGGUAAAUCAUCAUUGUUAGCCGUGUUGGGUAAUCGUGAGGUGCCAAUACCCGACCACAUUGAUAUUUUCCAUUUGACACGUGAGAUACCAGCCUCUACCAAAACUGCAUUGCAGUGUGUUAUGGAGGUCGAUGAAGAGCGUAUCAAAUUGGAAAAAUUAGCCGAAGAGCUGGCAAUGAGUGAAGAGGAUGAUGCUCAAGAACAGCUAAUUGAUAUCUAUGAGCGUUUGGACGACAUGUCCGCCGAUCAGGCUGAAGCAAAGGCGGCACGCAUUCUGCACGGUCUUGGUUUUGACAAGGCCAUGCAACAGAAACAAGCCAAGGACUUCUCUGGUGGUUGGCGUAUGCGCAUUGCACUUGCACGUGCGUUAUUUGUCAAGCCGCAUUUAUUGCUUUUGGAUGAGCCUACCAAUCACUUGGAUUUGGAUGCUUGUGUGUGGCUUGAAGAAGAGUUGAAAGAAUACAAACGUAUUCUUGUGCUUAUUUCACAUUCACAAGAUUUCUUAAAUGGUGUGUGCACCAAUAUUAUACACAUGACCAAGAAGCGCCUAAAAUACUACACGGGUAAUUAUGAGGCAUUCGUGCGAACGCGCAUGGAAUUGUUGGAAAAUCAGAUGAAACAAUAUAAUUGGGAACAGGAUCAAAUCGCACACAUGAAGAACUAUAUAGCUCGUUUCGGUCACGGUUCGGCUAAGUUGGCACGACAGGCACAAUCUAAGGAAAAAACACUCGCCAAGAUGGUGGCACAAGGUUUAACCGAGAAGGUCACCGAUGAUAAAGUGCUUAAUUUCUAUUUCCCCUCUUGCGGCACUGUGCCGCCACCGGUCAUUAUGGUGCAGAAUGUCAGUUUCCGCUACAACGAAAGCACGCCGUGGAUUUAUAAAAAUUUAGAAUUCGGUAUAGAUUUGGAUACAAGAUUAGCUUUAGUCGGUCCCAAUGGCGCGGGCAAAUCAACACUGCUCAAGCUUUUGUAUGGUGAUUUGGUACCCACUUCUGGUAUGAUACGCAAAAACUCACAUUUACGUAUUGCCCGCUAUCAUCAGCAUUUGCAUGAAUUGCUCGACCUGGAUGCCAGUCCGUUGGAGUAUAUGAUGCGUGAAUUUCCUGAUGUUAAGGAGAAAGAAGAGAUGCGUAAAAUUAUUGGGCGCUAUGGUUUGACAGGCCGUCAGCAAGUGUGUCCGAUACGACAGCUGUCCGAUGGUCAACGUUGCCGUGUUGUGUUCGCCUGGUUGGCUUGGCAGGUGCCUCAUUUACUAUUGCUUGAUGAACCGACAAAUCACUUGGAUAUGGAAACGAUUGAUGCGCUGGCUGAUGCCAUAAACGAUUUCGAUGGCGGCAUGGUGUUGGUUAGUCACGAUUUCCGAUUGAUCAAUCAGGUCGCUGAGGAAAUUUGGGUAUGCGAGAAUGAAACUGUUACCAAAUGGAAGGGUAAUAUUUUGGACUAUAAGGAUCAUUUGAAAAAUAAAAUUAGCAAUGAAAAUGAGCGAAAGAAGAAGUAAAGGACACAUGAAAAUAUAUGUACACACACAAAAGCAAAUAUAAUCUUAUAAACAAUUUUAAUUUGGUAGGCCAAGCGAAUUUCUGUUUAUUUAAUAAAACAAAAUUACAAAAACUUAAAACAUAUAUUUAAUGAUGUAGCAAAAACGCAGAAAACACUGUGUAAAACAACAACAACAAAAUAAAAUCCCAAGAAAUUUCUGCAGCAUUAUAUAUAUAUUAAAAACGUGUGAUUAUAUGUAAUUAAACAAUAGCAAAAAUUUAACAAAUUUUCAGCGUAAUAGAACGACAUUUGUGAUUCAUUGUUUAAGUAAUUUAUUGUGCUCCAAAUAUCAAAUGUACCAUCAAAUGUACCGAUACAACAUAAAAGCAGUUGUUGGUAUGCAGUCAGCACCAUUUAACACAAACAACUAAAAAAAGACGGUAAUAUUGUAGCUCCGCGAAAUACCUUACAUUUAGCAUACCACAGUUUCAAACAAGUAAAAUUUAAAUGAAUAAAUGUGUGCUUUAAUAAAUUAUACAUACAUAUUUAUACGUUGGUCUAGCCUGACUGGUGUUUUCAGUAAACUUAUCCGGGUUUUAGGCUUUAUGAAAUCUGAGAGUUACUUUAGUGAGCACAUAUACAUUCACACCAAUAGGUUAUAUAUUAGAAGGUGAAUUUUUUAUAUUCGAAAAAUAAAGCAAGUUAUUAAAAUUGUAUUUAUUCGGCAAAAGCAGUAAAACAUUGCCUACAAAAAAAGCUUCAAUAAUAAAUUAAUACACCGAUUAAAUUGAAAUAAAAUUUACAGAUAUUCAUUAAUAACAAAAAA